AUGGUCUGGCAUUUGAUACACUGUCAGAGGUGGUCCUACAAUAUAGCUUCCAACAAAUUAGGCUGUCCCAGACCCCCUGGGAACAGAACUGUUUAUCUUCACACCAAGAAAGUAGGGAAAGCACCCAGCUCUGCAUGUGGCGUGUGCCCAGGCCGACUGUGCGGAGUUCCUGCUGUGAGGCCUAAAGCUCUAAUGAGGUUGUCUGAAACAAAAAAGCCCACGAGCGGGGCCUGUGGUGGAUCCGAGUGUGCUCAGUGUGUCUGUGAGAGGGCCAAGUGUGCUCUCCUCACUGAGGAGCAGAACACCAUUGUGAAACUAUUGAAGGCACAAGCACAGGGUCAGAAAGCUAAAUUUGAAAAAAUGAAGCUUAUUUGA